AUGGAUCUCACCCGCCUCCAAAAGCUUGCGCGGAAGUUGGACGAGUUAGAUAGUGCAUGGAGUAGAUUCGACUCUGUGCAAGCGGAACGAGAGGCAGAAAUCCGUCGACCUGCCAAGCAUAUUGAUGUGAUGUCUGACAAGGAGUAUGACAGGAUAAAAGAAGCCGAAGGAUAUGUCAAGGAGGUAUUCGACGAGCUCAUUCAUACCAGAAAAAUGCAGCUUGAGACUACCAUGGACCUAGUUUACCGGUUCUUCGCAGGUGAUGACAACAAGGAGUUGGAUAAAGGAAUUAAGCACAUUGCGGACUGUGUUAGUGGCACAUUGGUACUUCGAUGCCAGGCAAGGUCGAAUCCCUUCUUCAAAGAUCCUCCCCCUGGAAGAGCCAGGCCUAAAGCAAACCACGAAGGAUCAGCCGAGGCGAAAGAACUGUCCAAAGAAGAUCUCGAAAAACUCGCCAAAGAAUUGAAUAUGGCCCCGGAGGACGUACAGAAUUUUGCAAGUACGGGUCUGGGAGGGGAUAGGAUUGAUGAUGACAGUGAUCUCAUGAUAAAGUUGAAUACCCAGACCCAUCCUGGGGCGUCAUCAUCCAGAGCGGCUUCACUUCUUGAGUUUGCUAUGCGCAUUCCAAUAUUCCACUACCAGGUCCCCGAUUCCUUGGACGUUAUUACGACAGAGAUCAUCGCUGAGCAGGAGGUCUCUCUGGUGGGUGCUGUUAUUGCACAACUCAAAAAGGACUUCGAAGCAGACAAAUACCCAUCGGAAACAGAGAAGAAAACACUCGAGGCCUUUUUCACCAACGAAGUUGCACAAAAGGCCAUGAAAGCUCUGCUUUCUGAGUGCGCCAUGUGGUUUAACGGCCUUGCAGAGACAUGUGUCAAGGUCAUUCGGGCUGCAGAUGAAUAUGUGCCUGAAAACGCCAAAGAUAGACAGCCUGUGCCCAAGAAGCAGUAUAACGAGCUGUUGGAGCCAGCAAGGAAAGAAAUGUUCGACUUCAUGGGGCGUUCCCGAGACUACUUUAAAUAA